CUGGACAUUUGGCAUUUGUCAAACAGAAUACUUUCUGCAAUACAAUUCAAUUAUAUCUUAGCAAGUGUUGAUGAGUUUCGUCUUCUGCAAUAUCUGAAAGAGAAUUACAAUUACUUCGAACGGCCUGUCUAUAAUAGCUCUGAUCCAUUAGAUGUCAAAGUGCGUCUGUUUCUUAAUCAAAUUCUCGAUGUUGAUGAAAAAAACCAAAUUAUGUCCAUAUUAGCAUAUGUAGACUAUCAUUGGUUUGACUACAAACUCCAUUGGGAUCCUGAGAAGUUUGGUGGAAUACGAGAUAUCCGUUUUGCUGGUGAGAAAGAUGCUCCGUUCAAGUUAUGGAAACCGGAUAUUCUACUAUUCAACAGUGUAUCAGAAGUCUUUGAUUCAACGUAUUCCUCACGUUUCGUUGUCAACUAUGAUGGUCAUGUUCAACAGAAUCCUCCUGGAAUAUUUAAAUUCAUUUGUAAAAUAGAUGUUACAUACUAUCCAUUUGAUAAACAAACAUGUUAUCUCAAGAUGGGAAGUUGGACAUACAGCGGAAACUACAUCAACUUGGAUUUUCUAAUCAAGGAUAUCAUUGGUAUUCAUGGAUAUCAGAUAACUGCAAACAAGAUAGCCAAUGUUGAUAAUCCUGCAAGUUACUAUGUUAAUGAAUCAAUUGAUCUACAAGUCUAUCUCAAGAAUGGUGAAUGGGAUUUAAUGAAUACUCCUGGUAGACGAGUUGUAACGUUCUUCGAAAAGGAAUCAUAUCAUGAGCUCUAUUUCUACAUCAGAAUUAGAAGGAGGACGUUAGCGUAUGGAAUCAACCUCAUCAUACCUUCUCUAGUCAUAUCAAUGAUGACUGUCUUGGGCUUCACAUUACCACCAGAUGCUGGAGAGAAAAUGACAUUAGAAACAACGGUUCUACUCUCUGUCAUCUUCUUCUUACAAAUGGUUUCCAACAUGAGCCCUCCGCAAUCAAAAUCUGUUCCUAUAUUAGCUGCCUUCUUUGCCUGUUGUCUAAUGGUUGUGUCCUGCUCAUGCGUCUUCACAGUUCUAUCAUUGGCUCUUCAUAAUCGCAAAAUGAGUUCCAUGGGGAAGAAUAUGAGAAAGGUAUUCAUCGAUUGGCUACCAUACAUCCUGCUUAUGAAACGACCAGAUCAUCCCAGAGCUCCAAAGCCAAAGAUUGUUCAAAGAACAGUUGCUCCAAUACAUCGAUUAUCCACAUGUAUUCCGAUGCUUGAAUUUCCACAAACAUCUGUUGUGAACAAAAAAGUAACCAACACAGAGAACGUUCAAUGCUUAGUCGAAUUCUGUGAUUACUUAAAUGAAAUCUCGAAAGACUUGGAUCGCCUACGGAGACGCAUAGAUGAGAAAUAUCAGCAAGAGAUCUUGGAGUCAGAAUGGCGGUUCGCUUCGAUGGUCGUCGAUCGUAUGUGUCUCUACCUAUUCUCCUUGUUCAUCACCAUAUCCACCUGUGGCAUUAUAUUGCCUAAUAUUAUAGAAACGUUUGCUGAUAAUUGA